AGACACGAUUCGCGAGCCCUAUUCGGGUAUAUUUGGAUAUGUAGAGACAUGUAAUUGACAUUGCGGCAAUAUUUAUCUGGGAAACAGUGAAACAGUUUUCAAGAGGAGCAAAUCGAUGAUCUCGAUCCAAUCACCCUUUGUCAACGAGAUGGCUCUUUGCAGUGAAACAUCUGCGUACCUGUUUCAUAAAAAGUGAAGCCGAAUGGUGUGCGGAGCUUAAUCAGUACACACUUCCGUGACACACACAUUGAUCAGCUACAGAAUGCAGCCAGUAGUGAGGCUGCUUCGACAGGCAGUGAGGUGUGUGUUCCUUCUUCUCCAGACAUUCCUUCAGCCUGUUCUUUCAGCAAUACUGACAUGGUGGUACCCGGCCACUACUGUCUCACCAGUUACUGAUGAAGUGCUGCUCUUGAGUGCCGUGGAGAUUGCGGAUCGUAUCCGAACAAAAAAGCUGACCGCUGUUGAGGUGAUGCAAAGAUUCAUACAGCGAGUGAAGGAGGUCAACCCAGUGGUCAACGCUGUAGUUGUGGAUAGGUUCUCAGAUGCCUUGGAGGCAGCGGGAAAUGUGGACAGGCAACUAGCUGAGGACGACAGUUCUAUCAAAGACCUACCAUUGUUGGGAGUGCCACUGUCUGUUAAAGAAUCAUUUCAAGUAAAAGGUAUGCCCAACAGCUCUGGUCUGUGGACAAGGAAAGACAACAAGGCCACAUCAACGGCUCCGGUUGUGAAGCAUCUUGAGGCUGCAGGAGCCAUUCCCUUCGUCCUCACCAAUCUCAGCGAGCUCUGCAUGUGGUAUGAGUCGGCAAACAAUGUGUACGGCAGGACGAACAACGCCUACAGCACCAGUCACAUCGUAGGAGGAAGUUCAGGAGGGGAAGGUUGCAUCUUGUCCACAGGAGCCUCCAUCAUGGGAGUAGGAUCUGACAUUGGGGGAAGUAUUCGAAUGCCGGCUUUCUUCAAUGGUGUUUAUGGACACAAACCCACCAAAGGUGUUGUUGACAACAGUGGCCAGCACCCCCCAGCCACGGGGGGUCAGGAAGACCUGUUAGUGACUGGGCCACUAUGCCGCUAUGCUGCUGAUCUCCUACCUCUGAUGCAGAUAAUGUCUGGGGAUGCUCCACAGCUCAACUUAAAGAAACAAGUGGACUUGAAGGGGCUGAGAUUUUUCACAAUGGAGAAUGAUGGAGGAGGCUUGCUCCAGAGUAAUGUGAAUCAAGAACUUGUGGCAGCACAGAGGAAAGCUGUGUACUAUCUGGAGCACACUCUGGGGGUCCGAGUGACUACACUGAAGCUGAGGCGGAUGAAGUACAGCUUUGAGAUGUGGUCAGCCCGCAUGACGUCAUCUGAUGGGACAACAUUCAGUGAGUUCAUGGCUGGACAAAACGGGUCAGUGAAUGGCUUUCUUGAGUUGUUCCGCUGGCUGAUCGGGAGAUCCAAACACAAUCUUCCAGCCAUCAUGCUAACUGUCAUAGAAUGCUUCACCCCACUGCUGGAGGGCAGCAAUGCGCAGUUCCUGAAGAUGUUGACAGAGUUUAGGGAAGAGAUGAGGGAGUUACUGGAUGAUGGAGGAAUCCUCCUGUAUCCCUCUCAUCCCUGCUGUGCCCAGCUCCACGGCCAGCCUCUCUCAACACCAGUCAACUUCUCCUACACAGCCAUCUUCAAUGCCCUGGGUCUGCCCGUCACCCAGUGUCCACUCGGGCUCAACAAGAGAGGGCUGCCAAUUGGGGUUCAGAUAGUGGGUGGCAUGUAUGAAGAUCGGAACACCAUAGCUGUGGCCCAAAUCUUGGAAGCAGGGCCAGGUGGCUGGGUCUCCCCAGGACGGAUCUGAACCUUCUCUGAACAACACACAUCCAUCAACAUGCAUGAGCCCAUGAGAUCACAGCAUUAUAAUCAUUGUUCAAACAAGAAGUCAUCUGUUCAUUCUAGGGCCAGUGAAAGGAGGUUGUGUCCUAAUAUUCUCCUGUCACAUCUGUGAUGUUAUAUAUGCCCACUUUAUUUUAAAUAUAUUCUGAAAUAUUUUCUGACUUGGAAUAAUUAGUCCAGAUAUUUAAUCAGUUUUAAUUAUAAUAAAACUUUUAGGGGAUGCUUUUGUUACGAUUCGUACGGGUCUUUCUCCACGUUUCGUUUUCUCAUGACAGUAUUCAGUUUUUACAUUUGUUAUGGUUUUGUCAUUUUGCUGCUUACAUUGACAUAGUAAGGAGGGAAAAUACAUGGCAUGAAGAGGGAAAUAUACCAUUUUUUCAUCCUGACCUAUUUCAGAUAUUUCAAACAUAAGCUAUGUCCCUUUUCAAGCCUCUCAGACCCUUGUCAGGCCGUGGAAUGGUGUUGUGUGGAUGGGGUCCCAAUUUGGCCAAGACUAUCAGACCCUUGUCAGACCAUGGAAUGGUGUUGUGUGGAUGGGGUCCCAAUUUGGCCAAGCCUCUCAGACCCUUGUCAGUCCAUAGAAUGGUGUUGUGUUGAUUGGGCCCCAAUUUGGCCAAAACUAUCAGACCCAUGUCAGACCGUAGAAUGGUGUUGUGUUGAUUGGGCCCCAAUUUGGCCAAAACUAUCAGACCCAUGUCAGACCGCGGAAUGGUGUUGUGUGGAUGGGGCCCCAAUUUGGCCAAGACUAUCAGAACCAUGUCAGUCAAUGUAAUGGUGUGAACUUUUAGCCCAUAUUAGACUAAGACUAUUAGUUGAAAAAUACUGAAUAAAAUUCAUUACAAUAAGGGAUGGUUAUUUAUUCCCAUCUUUUUUUAAUAUUUUUAUAUGUACAUGUUCUGAAACCGGAUGUGUGUAUGAAUGUGCAUGUAUCUACUGAUGAAGAUCUUGUCAUCUAAUCCUUUUAUGUACACGAGCCAUGUGGGAUGGACUCCAUCAUUCACACUCCACCUAUUGUGGCCAUUCUUGUUCAUUUGUCUGAAGGACAUCCUUGAAUCCUUGAAUUAAUGCCUUCCUUGAAUUAAUGGUUUCCUUGAAUACAUGCAGCAUAAACUGACGAAACAGUUUCUUUGAUAAACACUUGGUCUAACAUGGUGAGAAAUAUAUUGAUUACUUAUCACAUGAAAUGUCAUCCCAGAAAUGACUUUUGAUAUUUUCCAUUAAUAAUCUUGAAACUUUAGGAAGAAACCUUUUUAAUGAAGCUUGAUGCAUUCUCCAUUCUAGAAUUGUGUAUGUAUUUGUCUGACAGACCUUGUGUAAACACCAGGGCUAACGACAAUCAAAAAUAUAUAACUCCGGUGAUUAUUCAAGGAUUAAUGGUUUCAAUCCCACUCAUGCUAGUAUGAGCACUGGUUAUCCAUAUGCCUUUUAAGUGAUUUUAACCUUAAGAAUCAAAGCACAUGCAGAGUUCAGAAGAGCAAGAUGGUAUUUUAUUAACAAAAUAAUUUGGUGGUAAUGUAAGGAUUUUUGUACAAGGAUCCUAACAAACCACUCAACAUGAUUGUUCUUUGUAUCAAUAAAUUUUUUAUUAUGCUGGAA